GUCUGCUAAUCCUCAAGGUCUACUUCUAGAGGCCCUUCAUUCGGUUGGAUAUUUCGGGGCACUGGCAAAACCUUUGAUGGCUUCAGAAUCUGCUGUAAACCGGUUGGAUGUUAGCAGCUUGGAGGAAUUUGUUGUUGAACAUUACACUGCUCCCAGGAUGGUUCUUGCAGCAUUAGGAGUUGAUCAUGAUGCGCUGAUUUCAGUUGUAGAACCACUUCUGUCUGACCUUCCGUGCGUGAAACGUCCUGAAGAGCCAAAAUCUGUGUACGUGGGAGGCGACUAUCGCUGCCAAGCAGAUUCUCCAAACACACACAUCGCACUUGCUUUUGAGGUGCCAGGUGGUUGGAAUCAAGAGAAAACCGCAAUGGUUGUGACAGUGCUUCAGGCAGUCUCAUCUGUACUUGAGCGUGCGGUGUAUGCCAUUGCUCCUGGCGGUGUUAAAAAAACAAUCACAUGUGUUGUUGCAUAUGCUAAUCUAAUAGUGCUUCAAAGCGAUAGCCAUGGCAGCCUGCACGACAGCACCGCUGUCCAGCGAUAG